CUUUUGUGUAUACCAUACACUCAUUUUAGUCGCUUCAGUCUGCUUCAGUCUGUUCAAUUUUCAAUACCAGUCAGAUGCAAAACCAUCAAUAAUAAAAUGGAUGUCUUGAAACCAGAAUUGAUAUGGGUUGAAGAUCGCUGUUAUCGAUUUCCGGAUAAUACUGUUUGGUCAACAAAACAAAUUAAUGGACCAUAUGAGGAAGAUUACGAUCAAAUGGAAGAUAAUAUUAAUCAAGAAGUUAAUAAUAGUGACUGUAAUAUAGUUAUUAAAACUCUGAGAGACGGAAGGUGUCAACAUGAUGCUACUAUUCCUCAAGUCUUCUAUCGAUUUCUCAUAGGGUUUUCAGGAUCUACAAAAAAAAAUCUAGAAAGUGAAACAAAGACUACAAUUAAAAUUCCAUCUAUUGGAUCUACAGAAAAUAAUAUUGUGAUUAUUGGAAAAAAUCGAUCAAGCGUGAUAUCAUGUCGUCAAAGAAUCGACUUAAUAGUAGAAUCUUCAAGGAAAAAACUUUCGUUUACUCAUUUUGUCUCAAUCCCAUUAGAUUAUGAAGUUAUUAUCAAUAAUUUUAAAAAAUUUAAAAACGAAAUUCUUAAUGACUCUGAGUUGAAGUUCAGUGGACUUUCAGAAGAGUUUUUUGUUAGUCCUAAUAAACUUCAUUUAACUAUUGGAAUGUUAUUGUUAGUUGACGACAAAGAAAAAAAAAAUGCUAUAGAAACACUCGAUGCUUGCGUUAAAAAUAUUAUCAAACCUAUUUUGAAGGAAAAAGGACCAAUAAAUAUAAAAAUUCAAGGUCUAGAAAUAAUGAAUGAUGAUACGGAAAAAGUCAAGGUACUUUAUGGUAAAGUGUUCAAAAAUGAUACACUCCAAGAAAUUGCCAAUAAAACUCAAAACUUUUUCGUUGAAAAAGAACUCAUGAGUAUUCAAUAUACUGAAAUAGUAAAUUUGCAUAUGACGUUAAUAAACACAAGCCGUGUAAUAGAUAAAAGUAAAAAGUAUUCCAAAGCUCCUAAUUUUGAUGCGACAAAAAUAUUAAAAAAAUAUAAAGAUUACUAUUUUGGAGAUUCAAAGUUGGAAAAAAUUAAUAUUUCUAUAAGAAAUGUGAAUAAUGAAGAUAACAGUUAUGAAAAAUUGACAGAAAUUAAUUUGUCAACACAUAAUUUAUAUGCAAAUGUCGCUUAUCUUGUGAAUGAAUCUGAUGUUUUGGAAAUUUCUGAUGGAAUAUCAACGAUAUUUUGUUCUGCGCAUACAUUAGAAAUGAAUGGAACCUUCAAUGCUUUUCAAAUGAGCCAUAGACCUGAAAUAACGACCAGCCGUAAACAUUUAAGAUUGAAAAAAAGUAUGAAUUUACCUGACGAUACAUUAGAAUAUUGGGGUUUUUAUUUGUUACGAGGAGCAAGUGUUGGUUUAAGUGUAUGUUCCAGGUUUCCCGGCGCGUCAAUACUAGUUGUUAAAGGUGAAAAAAUAUUACGAACAUGUGGAAUGUUAGACCAUAAUAAAAAUAAAGCGCGCACAACUGGAAUUUUUUUGCCUGAAGCACAUGAUCAAGUAAAAAUAACAUUUGAAUCCGAUGCUCGAGAAAUAGAAUCCGAAGAAUUAGCUACGUCUACUUUAUCAUCAACAUCAUUACCAAAAUUGCCGCCUAAUAUUACAAAUAAAUAUAUUCAAAAUAUUUUAAAAGCUCGGAUGGAAUCAAAUCCAACACGAAAAUUAAGACAUACUCGAAAACGGCUGAAAAAACAGCCAAAAGAACAGAAUAAUAAAACUAAAAAGAAAGUAAAUAAUAAACAAAAUCACCAAAAGACAUCUAAACUGUUAAAAGAUUUAAAUUAUUUUGAUAGUAAUACUGCUAGCGAAGAAGAUGAUAGAGGUAUAAAAAUAAUAACUUCUCAUUAUCAUCAUCGCGUAAAAAGAAAUCAAGAACCAGUUAAACCACCAGAAUUACUUGAUCAAGGCAUUCAACACGGUGGUAAUGCGUUAAGGAAUCUUACAGACGAUGAAGAUUCUUCGGUAUCAAGCUUUGAGGAAGGUUUACUGAAUUGUUACGGAGGUCAAGUUCUUUUACAACAAGAAUUUGAACCAUCAGAUUUAUGUAUUAACGUAAGCUAUUUAGAAACCGCUAAACAUAUGCAGUCAAAACAUUCUGUUAUGGAAGACGGAUACUAUUAUUAUAUUUUUUAUAGUGAUAAUGAUUUUGUAUUCAAUGAUAUUCACGCAGUAUUUGAUAUUUAUAAACCAACAUUUCAAUAUGAAGAUUUUGUUCACCGUUGUGUAAAUAAAACAACGUGCACUUUUCCAUUGACCGUUUUAUCAUCAGAUAGAGUUAUUGUUGAAAUGCCUACUAAAGAUGGGAUAGAUCGUCAAGAAGACGAUAUUUCAUUGUUGAUAUCUGUUUGUCAUCCACGUAUGGGAAUGUAUAUAAUUUUUCCCAUAGCUGUGCUAUUUUCAAUUCUUUCUUGUGCAUUUCUUUAA